GGAACAGCAUCUCCACCAAGACUGAGGACGUUCGGCACCUCGCUACGAUGACCAGGCCUUUGUCCGGGGAGCGGGUAGCGAUCCUGGCCAACAGGACAUGUAGGUGAUCUCGUUUGUAAUUUAGGCCCGUAAAAAGGUCCCUGGCACAGGCACGGCUGCUCAUUAAGCUUCGUAUAAGAACUCUUAUGCACCUCUUGUGCCCUCCUCCCGCAGCCACCUUUCUUGUCCUAUAACAUACCGUCCUCUGACUGUUUGCGCUUAGCCAACAGUCCAGACUACGGGGCCAUCACAUCAGCCUCCAGCAGCACAAUGGCCGCCGGCACCGACACUAAGCCAGCAGUUGACGAAAUAUCGGACGAUGUCGUGAAAGCGACGGAACCUGGGCAUGGCCAUGCGCAUGGGAGGAUACAGCCGCCGCCGCUGGUUGCGGCGAUGUCGCAGGAGUACCGGUUGGAGGCCGAGGCCAAGCUGCGGAAGAAGAUCGACACGCGAUUGCUACCGAUGAUUAUUCUGAUGUACAUUAUGAAUUAUCUGGAUCGCAACAAUAUUGCGGCGGUGCGAUUGGCGGGAUUGCAGGACGAGUUGAAUUUGACGAGCACGCAGUAUCAGACAACAGUUUCAAUCCUGUUCGUUGGCUAUAUCCUGAUGCAAGUGCCGAGCAAUUUACUAUUGAAUAAGACCGGAAAGCCAGCUCUCUUUCUUCCCAUUUGCAUGAUCAUCUGGGGAGUUAUCUCGGGCGCAACAGGCGCUUGCCAAAGUUUUGGAGGCCUUGUAGCAUGCCGAUUUUUCCUUGGUUUCAUCGAAGCCGUAUACUUCCCUGGUUGUCUGUUCUACUUGUCGUCAUGGUACACUAGGAAAGAGCUUGGGUUCAGGACUGCAGUGUUGUACUCCGGCUCUCUCAUCUCCGGUGCUUUCGGAGGACUGGUCACCGCCGGUAUCACCAGCAACAUGAACAACGUCAAAGGCCUCAGGGCUUGGCGAUGGGUCUUCAUCAUUGAGGGUGCGAUUACCGUCGUCAUUGCCUUUGGAGCCUUCUUCGUGCUGCCCAACAUGCCCCGGACUACGGCAUGGUUGAGUGAGGAAGAGCGUCAGCUAGCAACGUUCCGCUUGGUCGAGGAUGUCGGCGAGGAAGAUUGGACGUCUUCUGAAUCGCAAACCUUGUUCCAUGGAUUUAAGCUCGCACUGGCUGAUAUCAAGACCUGGAUUUUGACAGUCCUUCUUCUGGCCAUCGUCUCAUCGGCGUCCGUCACGAACUUCUUUCCGACGAUAGUGAAGACGCUCGGGUACAACAAUGUGAAGACUUUGCUGCUUACCGCUCCACCUUACGUUCUUGCGGUCAUCACGACAUACCUGAAUGCAUGGCACGCAGACCGCACAGGAGAGCGCUUCUUCCAUAUUGUGCUUCCCCUUUGCGUCGGCGUCGUAGCUUUCAUCCUCUGUGCUGCAACGCACUCCACCGCGCCGCGGUACGUCGCCAUGAUGUUGAUGGUUCCCGGAGUAUACACCGGCUAUGUCGUUGCGCUCGCCUGGAUAUCGAAUUCCCUACCGCGUCCGGCGGCGAAGCGCGCUGCUGCCCUCGCGUUCAUCAACGCCAUCUCGAACACCAGUUCAAUUUACGCGAGUUACAUGUAUCCGCAGCCGAAGAGUGGGCAGCCAAACUUGACGAUCCCACUGAGCGUAGACUGCGCAACGGCUGCGCUAGCUAUCAUUAUGGCGGGUGUGAUGAGGGUCAUCUUGGGCAGGCUGAAUAAGAAAUUGGAUAGAGGAGAGCAUGUAGAGGGUGCUAUUAAUGCGGUCCCAGGGGUGGCGCAGGAGAACGGGUUUAGAUUCCUAGUGUGAGAGUGCGAGGACUCUGAUGCGAGAUGCAUUCGUAAGGAGAAGGCACAACAUGGCACCGCCAUUACGAUCAACAAAG